AUGGCACUCAAGACCUUCCUAGCGAGCUUGCUGCUCGCAGCACCCACCCUCGCCCACCCGGGCCACCACGAGAAGGUGUACGCGCACUCGGCCCUCCCGCUCGAGCGCAAGUCUCUCGCCCACUGCUCGGCCCAGUUCAACGAGCCCGAGUUUGUCAAGCGGACGGUGCAGAUCUAUGGACAGGAGCUGGCGCGGUUGAAGCGCUCGCUGGGCAUCUACACGAAGAGGUCACUAACGGCAUGCUCAGACGUCAAGGGAGAGGAGGUCCGCAAAGACAUUACUGGUGGCGAGAAGGGCAUCCCCUUGACCCUGGCCAUCCAGGUGGUCGACUACAAGACGUGCCAGACGGUCCCCGAGGCCCACGUCGACAUCUGGAGCUCCAACUCUACCGGCUACCCCGGCAUGGGCGACCCCAACGACGCCUCGAUCCUCCAGGGCACCACUCUCCGCGGCGUGCAGCCGACCGACGACCACGGCGUCGCCUCGUUUGACUCGCUCUUCCCCGGACACUACGACGGGCGCGCCACCCAUAUCCACGCCAUCGUCUACCUCGGCGCGACCAAGCAACCCAACAACACCAUCACGGGCGGCCGCGCGGCCCACGUCGGACAGAUCUACUUCGACCAGGGCCUGAUCACGGCCGUGGACCAAGCCGCGCCCUACAACACCAACAAGAUGCGGGUGGUGCCCAACGUGAACGACUUCCUGUUCCGGCAGGGCGCUAACGGCGACGACCCCAUCGUGCGCUACGCGCUGGUCGGCAAGGACAUCUCGGAGGGCCUGUUCGCCUGGAUCCGGUUUGGUAUUGAUCAGAAUGCGAAUAAGCCGGUGAACCCGGCUGCGUUCUGGACCGAGAAGGGUGGUGUUAUGAACCCGACUGGCCCGAUCUCGCAGCUGCCUGGUGGUGGGUUCCCUGGUGGUGGAUGGCCCGGCUGGCCCGGUGGAAAGAAGAGGCGCGCGGCGAAGGCGGCGGCCGCGGCUGCUGCUGCUGCUGCGGCGGCGGCGGAGCAGGAUGCUGAGUAA